GGGUACAAGUCCCGGCUACCGUGUCACGGGGAUCGGAGCUGAGCUCGCGCGAGUGGUGAAGUUGUGUCGAAUUCUGCAUCCUUGACGAAGUCUCGACUACUGAGUGUGCUUUAAAGUUUAAGGCUAGGAUUCGCCUUCAUUCAUUUAAAUUUUGGGAACUUGUUCUUUUUAAGCGUUUUGAUCGACGCUUGCCUGGAGCGACUAUCACUUGGAGUUGGGAACUGAUUUCAGACUUAGAGCAAGCUUGAGGAGGGUGUUUCGUGUAGCGACGGUGAAAAAUUUCGUCUCAACCACUUUCCACAAUUUUCCAACAGUCCCUGGUCAUGCUGGUAAUGCCUGGCUAUCCUUUUCGUGCACUGACCUUGUCGGGCCUGGCUUCUUUCUACUAGUCAACUGGAUCAAUGAAUGGGAUAGGAGGGGAAGUAGUUUCAGCUUUGUAUUAAAGAGGGAAAGACUUGCAGCUGACCUAUUCGAGCUUAGCUAAAUGAUCUGCUUGAAAGUUGAGCAGAUUGACAGAAACCAAACAUUCUUACAGUUUUUGAACCUGUCCACUGAGCUCACUACACAUCACUGAAUCGAAAUUGGAAUGGAGGAGGUUACUGAACAGAAUGGAGAGGCUACCAACGACGCGCCCUUUGAACCCUGGUAUCAGGUACAGGUGACAGGGGCCACGAAAAAUGGCAGCACCAUCAUCUUUGACGUGGUCACAAAGAAGUUAGAAGAGGGUGGGCAGGAAGCGACGGUUCAGCGUGUUUAUGAAGACGUUGAGUGGCUCCACCAUUGCCUCAUGACGGAUACUGACACUAGCGGAAUCAUCAUGCCACCCUUACCAGUGAGGCCUCUAGCAUCGGCGGCAGAUGCAGCGGCCAAGGCGAAGAGAGAGUUGGGCUCUGAUGCCACGGUCAAAGGGGAUGAAUUUUACAAGCAUUGCCGAUCGCUGGAAAAAUACUUGCAACUGGUUAUCCGCCACAACUUCCUUGGAAAGAAUGAAUCUUUGGGCAAAUUCCUCACGGAACCAGAGCCGCCUGUGCGAGCCAAGCUGAAGAACUCCUUCCUGACCAACUUGACCAAAGUGGUAGGUGAGGUGCGCAAGGGGGGCCACCAAGACCUGGACCCCUCCUUCCAGAAGGAGCGCAGCACCGUCAAUGAGAUGGUCAAGAUCAUGACAGACAGCAGCUUGCAUUUCAAUAACAUGCUGAACGUCAGUGAGAGAUUUUCAGCCUCCCUGAACAAUCUCUCUACAGCCUUGUGUCUGGCCAGCACUGCAGCCGAAGAAGGACCCGUUUCAGACCUCAAUAAGUUGCAGUUGCAUUUUGCCAAGGCUGUUGAGCAUUACUCCCACGGAAUCGACAUCUUUGUUGCCAACGACGAGCAGACGCUGGGGUUCUGCCUGGACCACUAUGCAAAAUACUUGGAUUCAGAGAAGUCGAUGCUGUUCAUAAGGACAUGUAAGCUGCUGGAGUAUGAGAAUGCCUCCAAGUCACUAGAGAAAGCCAAACCGCUCAAGAAAGAAGCUGCCGAGGAGCUCAAAGAAAAGCGAGAGAAGGAGUUUAAUGCCAUAUCCGAAAUUGCCAGGAAAGAGAUAACCAAAUUUCACCGGCAGCGGGUGGUCGAGUUCCAGAAGGCGCUCAUCUUGUAUGCCGAGGCCAAAAUCAAGACUGCCCGGGACAUCUCAGCUCUCCUUGCCAAGGACCUGAGCACCCUCAAGCAGAUGGAGUUGAGCGAUGGAUCGGGUCAAUAAGGAUCGGCUGGGAGUGCUUUCAAUGAUGUGUAAAUGGGAUAGAGUAACAGGAGACAUUCGGCUUAAAGGAAGCCUGGUCUUCCCUUUGAAAUAAGCGACUUGUUAAACAGUUUAGCUACAUCAAUAUUUAUAAAAUGCAUUCAUUGGUAGUCCAUGGUGCCUCGCGUAACACAGUAAGUGACUGUUUUUGUCACAUUACGGAAUAAUUGUCUCCAAUUGUGGGUCGUCCUCUGGAUGUUUUCAAAACCAUGUAUGGUACCAAAAGACCACAGAAACAGACAGCCACCUGGCAUGCUUAUCGUAUCUGCUCGUUUGCAAAACACUUCAUAGUAACCUGACUGCUUUUAGAAUAUAGCAAUUCACUGAGCUGGUGAUUCCUGCUUUCAACUCUGUGUGUGCAUGUACAUGUGUGUGCAAGUGAAAAAGGCCUUAUCUUGAGAUGUUGUUAACCACUUCGACUGGUGCUUCUUUUCUCGAAGAACAUUCUUCAUAUCUUGACAGAUUUCUUUGUACGUAAUGUAAUUUUGACGCAAGUCACGUAUUUCUACUGUUCUGGUCUGCAUUUUAAAAUUGCCAGUUUUCUUUGACCUGCAACAUAGACAGCCAUCUUUUGCUUUGAAAGAGGCUUCAUUUUCUUGUCAUCCGUGGACGGAGUGCAAGAGGCAGUAUUGAUGUAAUGGCCUAGUUCGGGGGUGGGGAUUGGGGGUAUUUUUGGUGUUGGAGGGAUACAGCAUCAUUGUAUCAGAGGCAAAUAUUGCCUUGCACUGCUGAGGUGCUGUAUAAAAUCCCACUUGUGUAUACUUCCUAAAUGAAGUUUAAAUUGUAGUAUAUAUCUAGCAUAAGACAGGCACUUAUGUAGCUGAGUUGUAAGUAAGCUGGUCCAAAAGUGAGCUAACAAGACAUGAAUCUUGAACAAAUGCCAAGAGGAAAUUCUUUGUUCAGGUGGACAGCUUGUCACUGGCCUCAAAAAUGGUCUCUGUGCUUUCACACGUAAUUGGCCUGUGAUAUCUUGAUCGCAGCUCUUGCUGUGUAGGUCAGUUUGUGGUAUUCAGAGUUGAGCGAUUGGAAUGAGUGUUGACAACUGAGUCAACAGUUACUAGAGGAUUUAAUUUCGUUUUCAGCCUAGGCUUUUUUCUUCUGAAAGUUUAAAGUGUUUACUCUUUAAAGUGAAACAUUAGAGAUUGGAUACCCACCAGAAUUAUGUGCAUGAAGUAUAUGCACCAACCGUCGCUGCAUGUGCCAGAACUAACUUAUCCACUCUGUGAAGCAACAGAAGAGGAGGAUAUGUAUCCGUGUUUUUUUUUUUUUCAGACUUCCUAUUAAUAUAACAGAUUCUAUAUACUCCAUCACACUUAUAUGUACCGUUAUUUCAAUGUUUAUUUCGUAUUAAGUAGAUUAUUUCUGCCAUUUGUAACCAAGACGGUAUUUAGAUCAUGUUUUAUUUCUUUAUGUUAUAUCCAUGGACGUCUUUAGGGGUUUUUUUGGGGGGGGACAAGACGCUCAUCAGCAAUGAAUCAGUUAACCGUUAACAGUGAAAGAAUUCAGUUUGGAGAUUUUUCCAUGCACAGUUUUGAGUUUCAUCCCAUUUUGUGUCAAAUUUUCAUUCUUUUCCUUUCCUCCCUUUUUAUUUUUCAUUUUUUGGUCCCCCCCAUGACGCCCAUGGGGUUAUCGGUGAGAAAACUAUCAAGAAUCAACACGGUUGGAGUUGCCGUCGGUUCGGGAUCUGCAGAGACAUUUUUGUAUGAAUUUGAUCAAACAAUAGGGCAGUGAACUUUAAAAUAACUCCCCAGAAUCCUAAGAUGUCUGCUCAUUUUAAUCUGUGCAGCACAAACACAAUCUUAACUUGUUAGAACACAGCAUUACCGAUGAAGCUACUGUUUUCAAAAUUAAUAUUCAAGUUCAUUUGAUUUCUUUUGUUUAUACAUGUGUGUCAAAAUGAAGCUUUUUUGUGUUAUUUUCUAAUCUUGUUGAAGAAAUUACUGACACUGUACAUCCAGAAUUCGGAUUCUAAAACCUGGAAGUCAUUUUAUUGAAUUUCUUUAGUUUUGCAACCAGCUGAGCUGUACAUUACUAUAGUGUUUAUUUUACGGCCAUUUCUAUCUCAACAUAUGAAAUGCACAGAUUGAAACUUCUGUUUGUUUUUUGGAUGAGAAGAAAUGAAUGAUAAAAUUGUUGGUAGUUGAAGGCCCUUCACGGUCUGUAAGUAUAAAUGUUAAGCAGAUAUAAUUGUGAUUAAUGUAUUGUGUAUGCCUUGACAGCAUGACAUUAGCACAAAAACAUUCAGAUAAUUUUGAAACUAAUUAAAACCGACAUUUUGAAGUUCCAGUCAUGCUGUUGCGCCUUUUUUCUGGUGGCCCACGUUAAGCCGACCUAUAUGUCACAAAGUGAGUGUGGAUUUUUAUUUUUGAACUUUAUCUGUAUGUUAAAAUAAAAGUAAAUUUUCUACCCCUUGGUACAAACAAUUUGAAAUUGUGACAAUGCUUAUAUGGUUUAAAUAUACUAAAGAUGAAAUGUAUCGUGCACAAUUACCAUUGCCUUAAAUAAUUUCCAUUGAAAUAACAAAACUUGUUUAUAUAAUAAAUCUUUCCCAGUUAAGAACAUUCCAAAUCAUCAAUCUGGAUUGAUUUCUAUACCAAGGAUUUUUCCUUCAGGUUUCUUGGUUCAUAUUCAUAAACCUACUUUUGCCGAAAUUAAUUGCAUUCUUUGGAAAUACCAUUUCUACAUUUUGAUAAUUCGAUUGACUGAUUUGACAGGCAUAUGCAUUUGGUGCAAUAAUGAUUUAAUCCGUGAAUCUGUAUCAUUAAAAUCACAAGCAGGCGAAUUCUACAGCCCCA